CAGUUGACGACAACCGACGACGGACGGGUCCCACACUGCGCUGCCGGAUGCCACACGCGCGUGCGCGCCAACCGAACUUCUCCAACAGCUCAUUCGUAUGAUCGCGCUCGCCGUGUUUGGAUCGUUUCGGUUAUUGUUUGGAGUGAAGUGCUGGACGCCGAAUUACAGCGGGAUUUUGCAGGGUGCUGGGAGGUACUUCCGGUAAAGGUGUGGAAGAAGUGAUUAGACGCGGUCAAUUAGGUUGCAUGGUGCGGAACGAGUCGAGGUGACAAAGGUUAAAUUAUUGAAUGCGGUGUGGCUCGAAGAGCUUAAAGUUACAAAUCAUCCCUGAUCAUGCAGUAAUCGAGUGAAUCAACUGUAGCACUUGGAAAACAAUGCAUCCGAUUUAGUGAGUUUCCCAUGAUCGAAGAUCGAAUCACAAGAUAAGCGGCGUAAUUUGAGCCCGAGAAUCAAUUAGCGACCUACUAGUGCAUCUUGUUUGUUUGCGUAGCUUUUGGAUAGAAUAAUUCCUGUUUUGAAGAGUCUCGGUCAAGGACUGUUCUUGAACCAAUCGAAAUCGCGCUUGAAAAUCAUCAACAUCGUGAAGUGCCAAAAAUCAGGUGAACGUUAUUAAUUUUUUGCAAGCGAGCGGCCUCAUUUAACAUACACGCAUUGGUGGUACCCAACGAAGCAGUGAGCAUAGAAAAGCAACCUUAAGAAUCCAUAGUGGGCAACCACACUGAUCGUGAGCGGCCGCCAAAUUAUGAUCGAUAGCUGACAAUAUUGCGAUUGCUCUGGUGAAUAAUAGCUGUGUGAAAAUUGUGCCAAACGGUCACCAAAUUGUUGCCGUCACCGAGUGUCCCUGCAUGGAUGGAGCUGCGCUGAGGAGCACCGGAGGAACCACGAACGAAAUGCCACACAAAACGGACGAUUCGUUCAUGAUUUCCAGCAUCUGCCUGGGCGUCGGGAUACUCACAUUUGCAAUAGUUUACUUCGUAAGGAAAUUCUUCCAAGGCGGUCAGUUCAAAAACAAAGACAUCCGACUGGACGCAAAAGUCGUCAUUAUAACCGGAGCCAACUCCGGUAUAGGGAAAGAGACUGCCGUAGAAUGUGCGAAGCGCGGGGCUCGCGUCUACAUGGGCUGUCGGGAUGCGAACCGGAUGGAGAAAGCCCGACAGGAAAUUCUGGAUAAAUCCGGUAGUCAGAAUGUGUUUGGGCUGGAGUUGGACCUGGCUUCGUUCGAUUCCAUCCGGAAUUUUGUAAGAACAUUCCUGAGCAUGGAACGGCGGUUACACGUACUCAUCAACAAUGCCGGGGUGAUGGCCUGUCCGAAGGAGUACACUAAGGAAGGAUUUGAGAUGCACUUCGGGGUGAACCACUUAGGCCACUUUUACCUAACCAAUUUGCUGUUGGACGUGCUGAAGCGGACGGCACCAAGUCGAAUCGUGACUGUAUCAAGCUUGGCUCACAAAUGGGGUCGAAUCGAUAAGGACGACAUUAACAGCGAAAAAGACUAUCACGAGUGGGGGGCCUACAUGCAGAGCAAGUUGUGCAAUAUCCUAUUUUCACGGCACCUUGCUAAGAGAUUAAGGGGAACUGGAGUCCACACGUACUGCUUACAUCCAGGAACGAUCAACACAGAACUGACGAGAUACCUAAACCGCUGCAUGAUGAUUGCCGCAAAACCCCUUCUAUGGGUGUUCUUCAAGUCAGCCAAGUCGGGUUCCCAAACCACGUUGUACUGUGCAAUGGAGCCAACGAUUGCAGGAGACACUGGAAAGUAUUACAGCGAUUGCAAACUGAAGGAACCGGAGCCGCAAGCCAGGGAUGAUGCAAUGGCCGAGUGGUUGUGGAACAUCAGCGAGAAGUUGACCGGGCUCAAUCGAUGACCAACCGACCGACCGACUAGCUCCGAUCCACUGAAAAUGAUACUUAUACAAAGGUCUCCGCUGUGCUGAGGCUCUAGUUUUAAGGUCUAGAUUAUUGAAACUUGUAUAAAUUAUUCAAUAAAACAAAUCACAUAUUUCUUUAUGAUAAA